AUGCACAAGGCAGAUAACCGCGAGCUGCGUCUGUCGUGUCCCGUGACUCCCAGCACAGCAGACGAUGUAGACACUCCGGACGUGAUGUUAUUAUCGGCGCACCAGUCCGAAUGGGUUAGUGCAAUGACCUUCGUUCGCGCCGAGACGCCUAGUCAAUUGCGUCAACGGUUUAUCCAAAUUCAAGUGACUGACCAACGAUAUAAGGAACCGUCAUGGAUGCAUCCGAACAUUGGUGGAGAAGCGCAAUAUGUGCAAGGACGCGAACAAGAGAUUGAUAUUAUUCGAGAAAAACUAGCAGUGAGCGAAACUACAAAUAAACUUGGAGAGUGGACGGCCACUUCCAUCAGUGGCAAUGCGAUCCUCUCCAGUGUUUUGUUCUCAGCAGGCCAAACUGUUGCAAAAGCAGGAAAGUUAGCACCAGUAGCGCAACUGAUUGUCGUUAUUGUUGUCUUUUGUCUCCGUUGGGUCUUCGAAGAAGUGUUGAGUGCAGUUCCGCUGAAUGGAGGUUUCUAUACAUCCAUGCUCAACUCGGCUCCUAAAAAGGUUGCUGCAGUGUUUGCAGUCUUCAGUAUGCUUUCGUACUUAUCGACGGCUGUGGUAAAUGCCAUCUCAGCUAUAAAUUACGUGAACGAGUCGCUAGUAAAUAUUCCUGUUAUGAGCUGCACCGUUGCAUUGCUCAUUGUGUUCGCACUGUUGUGUUUGUUGGGAAUUGCCGAGAGCGCAUUCGUAGCGCUCAUUUUUUUCGCAUUUCACACAUUUACGCUCAUUCUUUUGGGUGUCUUUAGCUUGGUAUACGCAGCGCAAAACACUUCAAUCAUUGUCGAGAACAUGGAGACAUCUCUUCCACAAGUGACGCUAUUAAAUGGGGCCGCAGAAGCUAGCAAUAUUGUGUCCGCUUUGUUUUUGGGUUACGGUACAGCGAUGCUUGGGGUCACAGGCUUCGAAAGCUCGUCACAAUAUGUGGAAGAGCAAGCGCGUGGCGUCUUUCCGAAGACUCUAAGAAACAUGUGGAUAUUAUCUAGUGUAUUUAAUGUGGCGUACUCGUUACUGGCACUGGCUGUUGUUCCUCUGGACAUAAUCAUCACCAAUCAAUCGACACUGCUGGCGUACAUGGGAAGACUUAGUGGUGGCCAUUGGCUGGAAAUUCUUGUUGCAGUUGAUGCACUAGGAGUGCUCGCUGGUGCGGUUCUCGCCGCAUACGUAGGAAUUAAUGGUCUGUUUCAGCGUCUAGCUAUUGACCGCGUGUUGCCGAGCUUUUUACUGAAAGUGAACUCUCUACGUGGCACAUAUCACUAUAUUAUUCUCGUUUUUUGUAUCGCGGCUUCGAGUCUCGUAUUUAUCCUAGACGCUGAAGUGAGAGUACUUUCAGGUGUUUUUGCACUGGCAUAUCUCUGUGUGCUAUUAUCAUUUAUUAUUGCAUGCCUGUUAUUGAAAGUGUAUCGCGAGGAAAUUCCGCGCACGAGAAGAUCGUCGUGGGUCAACACAUGCUUUUGUCUUGGAAUGAUCAUCUUGGGGAUUCUGGCAAACGCUAUCUCGGAUGUUAAAGCACUUUUGUACUUUUUCAUUUACUUUGCUGUAUUUCUUGUCGUAAUUUUUCUUAUGUUAGCUCGCGUCAGUCUCCUAAGAGGGCUUCUGUACAUUUCGCGAAGGUUUAUGUUCUAUCGGUGUAACAAUGAAGGUAAUGGAGCACCACUGCAGCAGCAUUUCGUUGGUCGUCACAACUUUGUUGGCAGCAUCAAAAUUGCCAAAACUAUCGAGUCAAUAAAAAAUACUCCUGUUGUAUUUUUUUGCAAAGUGGCCAAUUUACCCAAAAUCAACGAAGCUGUGCGCUAUGUCAUCGAAAAUGAAGACACGUAUUGUCUUCGGUUAGUGCACGUUUGCGAGCUAGAUGCACCCGUGCCACGAGAGUUUGAGGAUGUUGUCAACCUUUUCGACCACAUUUACCCAUCCAUGAAAAUUGACUUUAUUGCUGUGACGGGUGCAUUUGAUCCCGCAAUGGUGCAGUGGCUUUCCAAGUCUAUGGAAGUUCCGACUAAUAUGAUGUUUAUGCGGCAACCAGCAAAUGAAAAUAUCCAUCGUGUGUCGCUGUUGGGCGUGCGAGUUAUAACUGACUGA